AGAAAAAAGAAAAAAACUUUAUUCCCACUCUAUAAAUACAAAAAUUUUGGGGGUAAAUUUUUCACUUAGCAACAAGAAUUAAAAUUAUAUUGAAUAAUACAAAGUAAAUUAAGGAAAAGAGAAAAACAAACAAGAAGUAAACAGAAGAAGAAAAAAAGAAAACAACAAUCAUAACAACAACAAAAUGAACACAUAUGUGGUGUUAAUGUUUAUUUUAACUAUUAUAAGUAUACACUUUCAGCAUACAAUUAGUUAUACAGAAUUAGAUGAUUUAGAUCUAUGGCAAAAAUAUCCAAAUUAUGAUUAUCCAAUUAAUUAUAUAAGAAGAUAUUCAGAUUAUCAUAAACGUGGAUUACGUAAUAUGCGUAUGGGUAAACGAUCAAUGUAUGAACGUAUUAAAUCUAUACCAACUGAAUAAAUUAGAACAUUAAUUUACUUAUUCAUUAUUGUUUCCAGAAUAAUAUUGAACUUAUUAUGUUGUUUGUUUAUAUUAAUGAUUCGAUAAAAUAAAGAGUGAAUGGAAACAAAAAAAUGUUUUUUUUUUGUUUCUUUUUCUACAUGAACUUGUUAACAUGGUAACUAUAGCAUUGUUGCUAUGCAAUUUAUUGAUCUAUAUACAUAUAUACAAUAUUCAUAUAUAGAAGAGUUUAUACUCUAUUAUAGAGUAUAUUUAUGUGCAAUAAAUGAAAAUGUAAUUUAAAGAAAAGAAAGAUUACAA